AUGGCGAGGAAGAAGGUGAAGCUGUCAUGGAUAUCCAAUGACUCUGCAAGGAAAGCCACCUUGAAGAAGAGAAGAAAGGGGAUGCUGAAGAAGACCAAAGAGCUGAGCGUCCUCUGUGACGUCAAGGCCUGUGCCAUCGUCUACAGUCCAGACGAGUACAGGCCGGAGGUUUGGCCACCAGAGCCUGAAAGGGUCAUGCGUGUGCUGUCAAGCUUCAAGAGCCUCCCUGAGAUGGAAAAGAGCAAGAAGAUGCUGAAUCAAGAAGGGUUCCUGCGUCAACGCAUCAGCAAGACUCAAGAACAGUUGCAGAAGCUGGAGAAGGACAACAGGGAGUCCAGGACAAAGCUAUUGAUGCUGCAAGGCUUGGAUGCUCCUCUUCCUGCUGCUGCUGCUGCUGCUUCUUCUGCUGUCAUGGGACAACAAGAGAUGGUUCAAACACCUGCAGAUUGGUACAUGAACGUGAACCCGAUGAUGAUGAUGAUGACCAUGAACAACAACCAUCCUAAUGACAUGAUCAAUCCUCCUCCUCUACUUCCUCCUGCUCCUCAUCGUCAUCAAGUUGCUCAAGAGAAUGUAGCCAACGUUGCAGCCCCCAUGCAACACAACCAGUACGCUGGUCAUGAUGAGGACCAGUAUGUUGACCCCUUCCUCGACUCCUUCUUCUCUCCAUAG